AUUAAAGUAUGUACCUAUGCAUCGAAAACGGUGAGCUACACUAUAAUAAAAUACCCAUCGUUGACAACACCUGCUCUUAUAUUGAGAAGUUUGAUAUAAAAGACAGAUUGUUAAGUGUUGAAUACUGUUAACGCAGAAGCAACAGCAAAAUGCUCUUACAAAGUUGUUUAUUUACAUUUCUGUUUAGUAACUUGCUUGCUACUGAAUCAUGGAAAAAACCAGGCUGCCAUCGAAUCGGCCAUACAAGAACAAUCAGUAUUCCGGAUUGCUUAGAGUUUAAAAUCACAACGAAUGCAUGCCGUGGAUUUUGUGAGUCGUGGUCUUUGCCAAGUAUCAUGCUGGGAUUCAAACGACACCCUGUCACUUCACUGGGACAAUGCUGUAAUAUAAUGGAGGCCGAGGAUAUACCGGCGAAGGUGCUUUGUUUGGACGGAGAAAGGAAUUUAAUUUUUAAAUCUGCUCUUUCGUGUGCUUGCUAUCAUUGUCAAAAGGAAUAGUCGCGUCGAUUACCUUAUACAGUUUGCACUUUCAAAGCGAGACCAAAUAGGAACACUACUAUCUACAAUAUAUGUAGUUUAAAAUAACGUUUAAUUUAUUAAGUUAAAGUGUAACUUUCCACCAGUACUUAAACAAUAUUUCAUAAGUAUAAUAUACCUAGUGUAAUGUUUAAACGUAGUUAGGUACGCAAGCUGAAACUUAUUCGCUUACAUCUUUUCUGUAUUAAUAUUGGAUGAUGAUUGUAUGCAUAAUGGAUUAAUGAUUACGCCCUUUAAAUAAAUACAUAUCGGAGCAUUUGGCAUAAAUUGAGAGGAAUAAAUGUUUAAUAAAAUUUAUUGCUUUUAUAAUUUAACAGGUACACUACCAUAAUCAUUUAUCGUGCAUUUAUGAAAUAAACUUUGGCAGAAGAUUUAGAUCAGUGAACGUUCGACCUAAUUAUAACUUAUAAUAGCAAAAAUAGUCACCUCCAAAGUCAUAGUCUCUUUUAGCAAUUUAUGGUGCUAUAUUAUC